AUGAGCGCGUACGAUACGAUAGAGCCGGACGUCGACGAGCAACCAAAGCUGGCAGGCAGUAUCCAUGCGGCCCAAAAUACUCGCACCCCCGUGGUCCUCACUCCUUCGAAUCACACGUCUGGACUGGCCACGACACAGAGCGAUGCCGAGUCAGGGAUUGCGGGCAUAUUCCGUCAAUCGGCACACCCUUUAGCUCUAUUUUUCCUUUAUAUAUUCCGCAUUGCUGCAAUCGUGGUCUAUAUUAUGUGUGGAUGGGUUACCGACAACUACGUGCUUUCGACAGUUGUAGUGGUCGUGUUGCUUGCAAUGGAUUUCUGGAAUUGCAGAAACGUCUCAGGGAGAACUCUGGUCGGACUGCGGUUCUGGAAUCAGGUGGACGAAGACGGGGACAGUUAUUGGGUGUUUGAGAGCCGAGAUCCGUCUCGACCAGCAAAUCCUGUGGAUUCGAAAAUGUUCUGGACCGCAGUCUACUCUUUCCCUCUGCUUUGGGUAGCUCUGCUUAUAGUUUCUAUAGUCAAACUCAACUUUUCCUAUGUACCAAUCGUAAUCCUUUCCCUCGUCUUCAACUUCGCAAAUGCUAUAGGUUUCACUUACGCUGACCGAGAUGCGAAGCAACGAUGGGCGAAUAGCGCCGUCGGCGGCUGGGGAAUUAGUGGCAUUGGCGGCCAGCUCGUUUCUUCUGCUAUCUCAAGAAGCGUUGGGAAGAUAUUCAGUUAG